CAGGACGCAGGACCUAUAGGCUAUAGAUGGUGUAUUGAUGAUCAGCACAUUACUGUUAUCCAAUAACUCGAAUCUUAUAAGCCACAAAACUCAGCAAUAAUUGGAGACCAAAGGAGAGAACUAACAAGAUGGAGUUGGUAAAUGUUCUGCACAUGAAUGCAGGUGAUCGCGAAUGUAGCUAUGCCAACACCUCCGCUCUACAGAAAUAUGUGAUAUUGAAGUCUGCGAAAGUUUUAGAAGACACCAUCGAAGAUUAUGGUACAAAUGGUUUCUCCGAAUGCUUCAAGCUGGCUGACUUGGGUUGCUCUUCCGGGCCUAAUACCUUUUUGUUUGUUGCAAAAACACUUGCAAAUGUUCAUAAGGCAUGCGCGAAGAAAAAUCUGAAAGCGCCUGAUGAAUUUCAAGUGUUUCUAAACGAUCUUCCAAAUAAUGAUUUUAACACGGUUUUUAAAAUGACACCCUCAUUCUAUUCGAAGCUUGAAAAUGAUAAAGCUCUUGGAAGAACUUUGAAGUGUUUUGUUUGCGGAGUGCCAGGUUCUUUCUAUACAAGACUCUUUCCCAGAAAAAGCCUUAACUUGGUUCAUUCAUCAUAUGGCCUUCACUGGCUCUCUCAGGUCCCCGAGAAUCUGCUGGAUAAUAACAAAGGAAAUAUCUACAUAACAAAAGCUAGUCCUCCGGGUGUUUAUGAAGCAUAUUUCAAUCAAUAUAAACAAGACUUGACGACAUUUUUGCGCAUGAGAUCUGAAGAAAUUAUCCCUGAUGGCCGCGUGGUCUUAACAAUCCUAGGUAGGAGAGCUUCAGAUCCUGCCAGCAAAGAUUGUUGUUAUUUAUACGAAUUACUUGCUAUGUCACUUCACGACUUGGUGGCUGAGGGUUCACUUCAUGAGGAAGACAUUAGCUCGUUCAAUCUACCGAUUUACACCCCAAGCCCCGACGAAUUGAAGACAAUUGUUGAAUCUGAGAGCUCCUUUUGUGUUGACAUACUGGAAACUUUUGAGGUUAAGUGGGAUAUGCGCGAUGAAGAUGAAAUAAUAAAGUCUGGGGAUAGCAGUGGAAAGUUUAUGGCGAAAACGGCGAGAGCUGUAAUGGAACCAUUGCUUGCUAGCCAUUUUGGGAAUAGUUUCAUGGACCAGAUAUUUGAGAGGUUUGACAAGCAUGUCAAUGAGCAUCUCUCCCGUGGAGAGAAAGGCAGCUACUUCAAUAUUCUCGUCUCCUUGAGAAGGAAAUGAUGUUAUCAGUAAAUUAUCAUUUGUAUCUCGGGUAUUUAUGGACUUUUUAUGUCCUAAAUAUGCCUGUUAUUUAACAAACACAACUAUACCAACUUGGAAAUAAAAGAAGGGUCCUGAUCCCCAACAAUUGAU